AUGUCUCAAGCCGUGCAGACCAACGGGACGCAACCCUUAAGCAAAACCUGGGAGCUCAGUUUGUAUGAGCUGCAAAGAACGCCUCAGGAAGCAAUCACCGAUGGCUUGGAGAUAGUGGUGUCACCCAGGAGCCUGCACAGUGAACUGAUGUGUCCCAUCUGUCUGGAUAUGUUAAAAAACACCAUGACGACAAAAGAAUGUUUGCAUCGCUUCUGUGCCGACUGCAUCAUCACAGCCCUCAGGAGUGGCAAUAAAGAAUGUCCCACGUGUCGUAAGAAGCUGGUUUCGAAAAGAUCGCUGAGACCAGAUCCCAAUUUCGAUGCUCUCAUCAGCAAAAUUUAUCCGAGCCGAGACGAAUACGAAGCUCACCAGGAGCGAGUGCUGGCCAGGAUCAGCAAACACAACAACCAGCAGGCGUUAAGUCACAGCAUCGAGGAGGGACUGAAGAUUCAGGCAAUGAACAGGUUACAGAGGGGCAAGAAGCAACAGAUCGAGAACGGCAGCGGAGCAGAAGAUAACGGGGACAGUUCACACUGUAGCAAUGCCUCCACACACAGCAACCAGGAAGCGGGGCCCAGUAACAAGAGGACCAAAACGUCGGAUGAUUCUGGGCUAGAACUGGACAAUAACAACACAACUGUGGCAAUAGACCCCGUGAUGGAUGGUGCUAGUGAAAUCGAAUUGGUCUUCAGGCCUCAUCCAACCCUCAUGGAGAACGAUGACAGCGCACAGACGAGAUACAUCAAGACCUCAGGCAAUGCCACCGUGGAUCACUUGUCCAAGUACCUAGCCGUGAGGUUGGCUUUGGAGGAGCUUCGUAGCAAAGGAGAGUCCAACCAGAUGAACCUUGACACGGCCAGUGAGAAGCAGUACACCAUUUACAUCGCGACCGCCAACGGGCAGUUCACUGUAUUAAAUGGGUCGUUUUCCUUGGAAUUGGUCAGUGAGAAGUACUGGAAAGUGAACAAACCCAUGGAACUGUACUAUGCACCAACAAAGGAACAUAAAUAA